GUCCCCCCCUCAGCUUGGUACAGUUGUAGGUACAGGUGUUGAAUUGGAAGUGAGUCUGUUUAGCUGUUCGUGCGAUUUCUGGACAGGUUUUCAGGCGCAAUAUAAGACUGGCAGAUCCUUUCGGAACCAGAUAAAAUGGCUGCCAAUGCUACCAACAGCGGAGAUCAUCAGGCGAAAGUUCCGACGACGGGUGCUGAGAUUGCGGACUCGCUGGAGGCAGCCACGGACGCGACCCCUGACCUCGUUCCCACAGACAACGACGUAGUGCACACGGGCGGUUGCCACUGUGGCGCUGUGCAGUUUGUGGUAAUGGCGCCCCCUGUCUUACAGGCAGUGGACUGCAACUGCAGUAUUUGCUUCAAGAAGCAGAACAGACACUUCAUCGUGCCCAAAGCAAAGUUCAAACUACUGCAGGGUGAGGACAGCCUGACCUGCUACACCUUUAACACCCACCAAGCGAAGCACCUGUUCUGUAAGACGUGUGGAGUCCAGAGUUUCUACAGCCCAAGAUCCAAUCCUGAUGGAUACGGUGUGAUGCCCCACUGUCUGGACCAGGUGACAGUAGAACGAGUCGUCGUGGAAACGUUUGAUGGACAGAACUGGGAGCAGACCAUCCAGACCUCCUCCCUACCAGCCAGGUCAAAGGUCACACAGGGCAAAGGUGACACCAAAGAGCCUGAAAAGCCAGAUCAGUGACAGCCAGGUCACAGAGGUCAUACGUCGGGUUUACAACAACAGAAACGAGGGGACUUGUCAUGGACUUGUCCUGCAAAAUUCAGCUCCCUAGAAGUUUAUGAUUCUAUUAAAGACAUAAUGUAUCUAUUUAUAUAUGUAUUAUUGAUUAUGCUACAUAACUAUGCAUUCCAUGGUGGGGAUAUGUUAUACAGGGAAGGGAGAUACAAUUCACAGAGGUGCCUUUUAGCUGUAGUACAUUAAUGUACUUAGAUUGAGAAGAUAAUAUUCAACUAGAAAGGUAACAUUUGCAAGCAAAAAUAAUGUUGUUGUCUAACACUGACUACUGUUAUGUUUAUUCUUACUCCAACACAUUUAUGUGACCUGAACCCCUCCAGCUCUGUGCUAAGCCAUUUGCUACAUUAUGUAACCGGACACCACAGGGUGCCCCCUACUUUACUGGUGACCAUGGUGAAAGCUGUCUGGUCCAGGUCGUUGACCUCAUUUGUUUGGAGAAGAAGAAACAGAACAAAAACAAUAUGUCACAUACAGUCCAAAUGAUUACGAUUUGCAGAAAAUAAGCUGUAGUGCAGAGAAGAUCUGCAAGAAGAACUUACAUUUGUACAUGUACAGUAGAAGCUUAAUUGCACGGCCUAUUUGCCAGUGGAUUUUGUGCAAUUAUCCAGCUGGUGCAAUAAUGCAAAGUUUAAUAUCCAGCUGGACCGCACCGGUUUGAGAUUUUCGGAUUCCGUGCAGUUAACAGAAGUGUGUGUUAAUCCAUUGUGCAAUUAACUGGCUUCUACUGUAUCUUCUUGUAGUCAUUGUUUUAAAUAUUCCUUGGUGGUGGUCAUUAUACAAUCUAUGCAAAACUGUGAACCUGUCUGUUAUUUGCGUGGGAUGGAAAUGAAUACAAAUUUCUACAAAGUUA